UGGCGCUGCGAUCUUAACCCGAGUUGUCUAUAAAUUUUAAUGUAAAAAGGUUCCUAUUAGUUCAUUCAAACAUUUCCGAUUUACAUAGACGAUAUGGGACAAUUCGCUAAAAUAUGACCGAAGCCACGACCUGGCCGCAAUACCUAGCGGCAGUCAGCGUAUGCCUAGGUGCCUGGAGUACCGGGACAGUAUUAGGCUGGACGGCGAACGUUACUGACGAUUUGAAAAGCGGCAAAUUAAACGGCUUGAAGAUGGCCAACGAAGAGCUCGAAUGGGCCGGAUCCUGUUGCACGUUGGGCGCAAUGGCAGCCUGUUUGCCCAUUGGUUUCCUGGCGGAUGCUCUUGGAAGAAAACCAACUUGUUUGGCAACGGUCGCGCCGUUUGUACUGGGAUGGCUAUUGAUAACCUAUUCGAUGAAUCAUUUGAUGGUCUACGUUGGGAGAGUCCUAACCGGAGCUGCCGGUGGCGCUUUCGUGGUAAUAGGACCGAUUUACAUAGCUGAAAUAGCCCAAACUCACAUUCGCGGACGAUUAGCGACCUUCGUCCAGGUCUUUAUAGUGGUAGGCGUAUUGUACGACGAAGUACUGGGCUGGGCGUUGCCCAUGUUUGCCUAUAAUGUAGCAUGUCUUGUAGUGCCGAUUGUGUUCGGGGUAAUGUUCGCCUUUCAACCCGAGACGCCGGUCUACCAGCUAAAAAAAGGACCGCCCGAACAGGCGGAAAAGAGUCUGAGGCACUUUAGAGGGAAAAACUACGAUUUCAAGGAGGAACUCGCUCUGAUCGAACGGGAAAUCGAGGAGGAAAGAAAAAUGGGCACGUUUAGACAGGAGAUGAAAACUAAAGCGAACAGAAAAGCUACUUGUAUCUGCAUAGCAUUGAUGCUCUAUCAACAAUUGACCGGAGUGAACGGUCUCUCGUUUUACUCCAAGGACAUUCUAUUGCAAUCCGGAUCGAUUGUACCGCAACAUUUUGCUGUUAUAGCGACAGGAGUUGUGGGAUUGAUAUCGACUCUUUUAGCUGCAACGAUUAUAGAUAGAAACGGAAGGAGAGUGUUGCUGCAAUUAUCGUGCGCUUUGUGCGCGUUAUCUACGUUCCUUCUGAGUUUUUAUUUUACGUUAACAUUCCGGUUGUUCGAUGCGGUGAAGAAUGUUCAAUACAUAAACGUCAUUCCGCCUACAGCUUUUUUGCUCUUCUGUUUGGGAUUCAAUGUUGGUUUAGGCCCGAUACCUUGGUUAGCUGCGGCGGAAUUGGUCUCGCCUGCGGUCAAGCAAUUCAUCGGCUCGUUGGCGUGCUUUACCAAUUGGCUAACUGCCUUUUUGGUAACGAGAUUUUGCCUAACCAUGGCGGAACGAAUAGGUUCCGAUUACACAUUUUACAUAUUUACCGGCAUUACUAUUUCGUGUAUAUUUUUCGUGUUUUUCUUUGUACCGGAAACUAAAAACUUGCGAUAUGAUAGAAUUAAAGAAGAGCUAGAAAAGUAGUUUGUGACUUAAUUUCAUUGACAAAGAAGAGGAAAAUUAUUUAUGAGAAUCUUCUUAUUGAUUAUUU